ACAAAUGAAAAUGUAAAAACAAAAAUGUAAUUAGAAAUUAAUCUCUGUGUUUCUUUAAAUUGUUUCUUAGUUAAUCUUUUGAUUUUGUUAAAUUUUGAUUCCAUUUAAUCUCUGGGUGAUACCUGGUUAUCUGUUACCAUGGUUGAAGCAAUAUCUUCAAGUGUUUAUGAUCUAUGGGAAGGUGAAGAUUCUCAACUGUGUCCAUUGUCAAAAGAUCAAAUUUCCAUUCUAAUUAAAUUGGAAAAAUUGACAGCAAAUCAAUUAGACAAUGGAAAUGAUGGUGAUGAUGAUGAUUCAAAUUGUAAUGGUGUUAAAAAAGAAUCAGCUGUUGGUGGAUCUUUAAAGGAUAGAAAAGGUUCACCAGAUACUAAUGGUAAAGAUUUGGAAUCUGAAGGCACCGGUCAUUUGAAUGUUCUUACUGAUGCUCUUGGACAUUUUAAUAGCUUAAGGGAUAUUGAGAGAUGGUUUGAUUCAGUUGAGAGUCAAUUGGAAAAUGAAGAUGAAAUUAAAUACAAAUGUUUACAGGAUAAUCUAGGAGCCUGUCAAGCGCUUUCCGGUCAAAUUGAUUGUCUCCUGGAUAAUUUGUAUUAUUUGAAGAAAAUGUUUGAAUCAAAGGCGAGCAAAAUAACAUCGGUCCAUUCGAUGUGUGAAAAUAUUUUACAACAAGAGAAAAGUUUAUCCUUGACCAUUAAAGGAAUCGAUGAGAAACUUGAUUAUUUCAAAGAAUUGGAGACGAUGAAGAAACGAUUGGGUUCAUCUUCAGUUUUGAUUCUAAAUGAAUCUCUAAUGCCAACAUUGAAUCGUCUUGAUGAGUGUAUCAAUUUUCUUACCUGCAAACCAAAUUACUUGGAAAGUGAACAUUAUAUUGGACAAUAUAAAAUCUUACAAGCAAAUGCCCUGGAAACGAUUAAAAAAUAUGCUAUCAAUUCAAUUCAAUCAGCUACCAAAUCGGUGAUGCCAGAAUCGGGUGAAAUUUUGGCUGAUAAUGAUUCCGUUUUCACACUUUUCUAUGGAAGAUUUCAAGCAUCCUGUCAUCGGAUUAAAUCAUUGGUUACCAUGAUUGAGGAAAGAGUUGAAACUAAUCCAAUUUACCAGCAAUAUCUUGAUGAAUGUCACCAAGUUUACUUCAAAGCAAGAGAAUCGCUAAUUGUUCCCGUUUUAACGGCAGCAAUUGACGAUACAGUUACAACUUGUGGUCGGAGUUAUUGUACCUUAAGUCGUAAUACCUGUCGUAUGCUUGUACAUAUUUGUAAAGAUGAGCAUCAAUUGUUUUAUCAAUUUUUUACUUCACCUUCACAAUUUUUAAUCGAUUUUCUUGAAAGUUUAUGUCACCAUGUUUACGAUGUUCUUAGACCCAUAGUGAUCCAUAUAAAUCAUUUGGAAACACUUUCGGAACUUUGUUGUAUCCUGAGAAGCGAAGGAAGCGAAGAGUUUACAUCAAUUCUCGGAAAUGAAACGCUCUCAUUUGGCCGAGCUCUUAAUUCACUUUUACAAGAUGUCCAAGAACGUUUAGUCUAUCGAACUGCUAUUUAUAUACAAACGAAUCUUGUCGAAUAUGUUCCAGCUCCUGGUGACCUUGCCUAUCCAGAGAAAUUGGAAAUGAUGGAAAGUAUCGCCGAGUGUUUAUCAACCAAUCCUCCUGGAACUUUGGUUAGAAGUGAUUCUUUAUCAUCAAUAACAUCAACCACUCUUUCGGACAUUUCACUGGCCACUUAUAAUGAUUCAUCUUUCGGUAGAUAUUCAAGAUCACCAGCCGAUAUUCAUGGGAUGUGGUAUCCAACCGUUAGACGGACAAUAAUGUGCCUUGCAAAAUUGUACCGAUCGUUGGACAAAUCGGCUUUCCAACGAUUAGCUCAAGAGGUUGUAGCCGGUUGUUUGGAAUCAUUAAAACGAGCCGGUUCAGAGAUUAGUAAAAACAAGAGUCUCUCCGAUGGAUGUUUAUUUCUAAUUAAACAUUUACUAAUUGUUCGAGAACAGAUAACACCAUUUAGGAUUGAAUGUAUAGUUCGAGAAGUGGAAAUUGAUUUUAGUCGAGUUAAAACAGCGGCACUUAAUUUAUUCAAUAAUGGGAGAAAUAUUUUCAGCCUUAAAAGUAAUAACGGCUUGUUACAAUUUCUAUUUGAAGUUCCUGGUGCACCUCAAGUUGUCGACCACAUUCUGGACCCUCAAAGGAUAGUGGACACUGAGAUCAAAAGUACUUGUGAAAAGUUUAUCAAUCAAAGUGCUAACAGUUUAUUGAGCACAAUUAAACCUCACCUUGAAUUACUCCGCCGAUGUAUUAAAGUUCCAGCCGCUUCUGCGAGUUUACCAUCAGUCGAAGAGUUAAAUAAACUUCUAGUGGAACUGAAUCUUCAUUUGGAAACAACAAAUUCAUCGAUUCGUAAAUCGAUGUCCCUCUAUUUAGCUAAUCCAGAUACGGAAAAUAUUCUAUUCAAUCCAAUUAAGAACAAAGUUCUUAAACAAUUAGACGAAUUUGGAAAGGCAAUCAACACCGUUUAUAAUAAAGACAAUCAGAAUUCAAUUAAAUUAUCACCGAUGGAAACCUUUGAAAAGCUAUUAACUGCUCCUAAUUUAAAUGAUUCAAGUGGAUCAACUACAUCAUAGAAUCAAUUUUCAUCACUAAUCCUUUACCUCAAUCCGUUAUAAUCAUUUUUUACCCAUGGGAUUAUCCAGUUGCAAACUAAGUAACCAAAAAGUUUUUAUUUUAAAUUAAUAAAAAAAAUGGACAAUCAUAAUUUA